UGGAACGAAAUUCUCGCUUCGGCCGCACGUAAGUCUUCAGCGAAGUGCCAUGAGAUUACAAAAUUCUCGCGUAGUCGCCAUGAAGCUGUCUGGCAAGGUCGGCGACCACAAUUCAUCGAGCAGUCGGAACCUGUGGCCGGGUGAGCCAGACGAUGUUCGACUUCACCGUGUGUCUGGCUGAAGCACAACGACAACGAAUUGUUCCUCAAGCCCGUAAAGAAGCCGCAUUUGAGUUCCGACGGCCGACCGGAAAGAAGAAACGCGACCGGGACUUUGAUCUCGUCCGCGUCGACGUUCCUCAAGCAAGAGCGUCCAGCAUGCGUCUUCUCCGCGUCCUAGUUUGUGUCUUUCUGGUGUUCUCACCCGCGAUCCAUCGAGUGUGCGCCGACUUCACGCUCACCGUGCUGCACACGAAUGAUGUGCAUUCGCACAUUGAUGAGAGCAGCAAGCACGGCGGCCUGUGCACCGGAGACCGUGCUGAGUGCGUCGGUGGCAUCGCCAGGAUAGUAACCAAAGUAAAAGAGCUGAAGAAAACGUAUCCCAACACAAUUUUUGUGAAUGCUGGUGACUUUUUCCAAGGUACGGCUUGGUACACUGUGCUGAAAUCAGCAUUAGUGUCUGAAGUGAUGGUGGAAAUGGGCUACGACUACGCGUGCCUUGGGAACCACGAGUUUGACAAUGGGCCCAGCGGACUGGCUCCGUUUCUCGAGAAGGUGUCCCGUUCACCUCUCAGACUCCUCAGCUGCAACACUGACUUCUCUCGCUCAAGCAACUUACGCCACCUCGUUUUGCCAAAGUCGGUGAUCACCAGAAUGCAAGACACCAGGGUUGGAAUUAUUGGCGCCGUGACCGAGGACACAAGGUUCCUCUCAAACCCGGGACCAGUUAAGUUUCAUGACGUGGCAAAAUCAAUACAGAAAGAAGCAAGGGUGCUGAAGAACAUGGGCGUGAAGAUUAUAAUAGCGAUCACGCACAUAGGCUACCUGAAGGACAUCGAAUUGAUGCGAAACGUCACCGACGUGGACUUGGUCAUAGGCGGCCAUACAAAUACAUUUCUCUACAAUGGGAAUGACCAUCCACCUGAGAACGUGCCCGUUGGUCCUUACCCAGUGGCAGUGAAGAGAAGCGACGGCACCACCGGUCUUGUCGCUCAGGCAUUCUGGUUCGGCAAAUUCUUGGGUUUCCUCAGAGUCACCUUCGAUGACAACGGGAGGGUAAAGUCCUGGUCAGGAAACCCAAUACUGAUAAACUCAUCAAUACCUGAAGACCCGCACAUACUGAGAGUGAUCGAGCCGCACCGUGAGACCGUGUACCGGGCAAUGCGCGUUCGCGUGGGCAGCUCGAGGGUGUCCCUGGAGCACGCAGAGGACGUGUGCCGGCUGCGUGAGUGCAACCUGGGCAACCUGGUGGCCGACUCGUACUUCAAUUACUAUGCCAACAAGAAGCCGCGUUCGGGCAAUAUCUGGUCGAACGUGAAUGCGGCUAUCGUGAACGGCGGUAGCCUGCGCGCGCCCGUCCCGAGAACAGCGAGCGUCACGAUGGGAGAUAUCUUGUCGGCACUGCCUUUCGGGCAGACAAUUGUAGUCGCAACUAUGAAUGGAAAGAGCCUGAAGAAGAUGAUGGAGUAUUCGAUGUCGACGUACAACGUGUCUUCACCUGCGGGUUCCUUUCUUCAAGUGUCGGGCAUGAAAGUUGUGUUCGAUAUGACACGACCAGCCAUGCAGCGACUUGUGCUACUCGAAAUCCUGUGCACCAGAUGCUACGUUCCCAUAUACGAAACGGUGCGGGAUGAAGCCGUGUACAAUAUUGCGACGACCGAUUUCUUAGCCAAGGGUGGAGACGGCUUCGAUGCCUGCACGAAUGUCAGCGAAGGAGGUCCGGUUGAGUACGAGCUCCUUGUCGACUACAUUAAACAGAUGUCUCCAGUCAAAGUUGGGAUAGAAAGGCGAGUCAUGUUGCAGGGAGUAAAAACCAAGACAAGCGUGAAAACGCAAAUGAAAGAAAACCUCGAAUAAACCUGUGUUGUAGAAUAUUCA